ACGUAUGGAACGGUUAAACUGCAAUGCUUUUAAGUGCCAUCACUAAACAGCUGAUUCGCACGACUGAAGAAGUAGAAAAUACAGCAUGCUUAAAAUAUAAAACUUUGCGCGUAGUUUUGAAAGAUAUUUAUUAGUGUGAAAAUUUAAUGAACAACCAGUCAUCAACCAACCAUGCCGCGACGCUACAGAUCAGCCCGGGAGCUAGCCAGGCUGAAUGCCUCGUUGUGUUCUAAGGACAAUGAUAAUGAAUUCGAUUCCGACAGCGAUUCUGAGAAGGACGAAACUUUGGGAAAGGGCAAUGAAUCGGAGGCGGUAAUGCGACGUGCCCUAGAAGUGGUGCACCACUCAUCGUUUCCGGGCCAGAUCGCCGGUAUGUUGGGUCAGGAGCUGCACGAGCUAGACGAGGACGAAAACCAGAUAUUUCCAAAUUGUUCAGUGGGAGUCCCAAUACCCAUCUUUCUGCCCCUCGAUGGCCAAUCGCCGCACAUCGAACCCUGCGUGCAGAGACCGCACGACUACGACCACUGGAUACGGCUAAUGAAUAACUACAAGGUUCAGUACAUUAGGGCGACCAAGAGGAUGAAGCAGCGGGAAAAGAAGCAUCAGGAAAAUAUCUACGAUAUGAGGCUCUUCGAUAUGGCAGAGCAUAUAGCCGGUCAGGAGAAUCCAUUCUUUCGGGAUAGCUACGAUUAUUAUUACACGGGCGGCAACGUCAACACGAUGCCCUUCCAAGAUACUAACCUGGCCAUGCAUGUCAGCGGCAAGAAGCUGAACGAGCUGCACAUCUCCACCAUCAACAGUGAGCCGAAUAUGUGGCAGACGAUUCACUCGGAAGAACUGCAGGAUACCUCGAGCGAACUCUUUGAAGUAAUGCCCGUGGAAACUUUUGGGGCGAACAAUGGCCACAUGUUCAGGCGUUUUCUCAAGGAGAUAUCCCUGUAUGAGUUUAAGCGCCAGGAGCCUAAAGAGGAGGAUGAGCGUGAGUCACCAGAAUACCGAUUGAGCCAAAGCAAAUUUAGCAGUGAAGCGGCUCCUUUUACAAGCGCCUGCCAGUCGGUGGGUAAGCCCAACAUCAUGGCCUUGGCCAGCCAAGAUCGUUCUCUACGCUUCCUGGACAUGCUAACCCAGCAGUACGUGGCCAACCAUGAUGUUUGUUGGGUCAAGGAACUAAAGCAUUCCACCAGUACCUGGGCACAAUUAAUGCCAGCGGAUAGAAGCACCUUUCACUUUCUUACCCAACCGGUGCUCCUCACAGUGGACGAGAGAUGCGAUCAGUCACUGAAUCCCUGCUUUGCCAGCAGCUUUCGGUCGAAGACCUGCGAGACCUUCUCCUGCUUGGGCAAGGGCAUGAAUACCAACUUGCUCUAUGUGGCCAGUAAUCACAAACUUCACUGUUUGGACCUGCGCUGUAUGGGUAAGAAACUCACCGAUCGUGCGGUGGUCACGUGGACCCAUCAAAUGAGCUAUCCUCCGUGUUUUAUGGACACUUGCGUGCACGACGGCAGCGAAUAUAUAGCCUUGGGAGGCCCCUUGCCUACCGAUUUGCGUAUCUGUGAACUCAAGGGAUCUCUGGCCCAGUUAUACGAUGAAGUGUUCUCGCCGGCUUUAGCAUAUGCUCCUCCCUCGCUACAAGAAGCUCUGACAGAUGCACGAUUGAAAGACUGCGUGGAUAUUUAUACUGAUCUUCCGGAACGGGUAAAGGCCUGCAUUACCGGUCUUCGGUUCAGCCGCUUGGACAGUAGCAACGAUCAAGCCUUUGCCCAGCUCCUGACAGCCAACAGUCUGGGUGAUCUCUACUCUCAGAGACUUACGCCUCGCGAUGACGGCGAACGCAUUCAAGAGAUCCGAACGGGCCUGCAUACCACCGAAGCCAUUCGCUACUACGGCAGUCAAGUCCAGAAGCAUGUGCAAAGCAGGAAACUGUGUUGCACCGAAGUGCAAUCUAGACCACAGAUAAGAGAGAUUUUUAAGGAGGCAGUCAAAAGACCUGAGCCCGAUGUGAAACCCAUGAUCAUAGAACACAUUGAUAUAGACUGGGGUAUCGAGGAUACAGAAAUUUCAGAUAAUGACAGCCAAAGUUCCCAGGAACCAAAAACAUCCAAAUGCAAAAAGGGAAGGCAAAAAAGGAAACCAGAUACAAAGGGCAAGGAAAAACCCAAAGAGAAGACCAAGAAGGACCUGACACGUCAAUCCAAAGAUAAACCAGUUACGUUUAAUAUAAAAAAAGACAAGGGCAUCAAUCGUGGAUCCUGGCAAAAGUCCGCUUACCAGAUGGCCCGCUACAAGGACAUGCUUACCGUCAGGAUGCUAGAGAUCUGGGACAUGGAAGAUUACGAUCCUGCUCGUGAUGUGACCCGAGAAAUGAUAGAGGAAAAGUUGCCAAAGGAACUGAAACCAGAGAACCGAAUGGCCACCUGGCUGGAUCAACUGUCUAGCGAACCAGCAGAACUACGACUAGUCGUGGAGGCGGAUGAGGAGGCCGGACGACUUAAUCCUAAUCUGGUGCCGGGCACUAAUCUACCCAAACUCUAUGGGCCAUCACAUCAGAGUAUACUCAGGUAUCCUUCGCUCCGGUAAAUGAGGAAUAUGAAGAUCCAACGAACAGCUUCAAGCUUGAUCAGAGCGACAGCUACCAGAUGCCUUCUAUUCUGCAGCCCGGAGAGAAUACAAUUAUAGAAUGUGGCUUGGACAUCAAUUCACCACCCGCUAAGCGUCCCAAGACCAAGUACACCAUGGGAUUCUAGAUUAACUUUAAUAUUAUUUUCGUAUCUUAAAUACUAGACGUUAGCUUCGAAUAAAGGUGUAAUUUUUAGUUGUU